AUGUCAGGCCAGGGCAAGAACAGGAGAAAGGGGCAGUUUCCAAGUCACAGAAACACUUCGACUGUCCUUCCCUCCUUCCCACCUUGGACCCGGGAGGGCACUUCUGCAGCAGAGGCUCCUAGAGGACGCCAGUGUGUGGAUGAGCACAAGGUCAUCGGCAGCGCACCUUCCUCCUCCAGCUGCCAUUCACCUCUGGGUCAACUGUGCUCCCUCUCGCGCUGCCUAGGUACCAACAGCUGCAUCCCUGCCUCAACCGCAGCCAAGAGGAUGGGCUCUCCUAAGCCCUGUGCUCUGGAGCCGCACAGAAACACAGACCCUAGGAAACUUGCACCUGUCUUUCUUGACACAACACACCUGUCCAGCCCUGCCCAUGCGCAUUCUGCUAACAGACGUUUGCCUGACUGGUUUAGGGGAGGAAAUGAUUUUUUUUUUUUUUUUAACAGAGGGACACUAAGGGUGGUGAAAGGGGGAGGGGGGCUAGGGAGGAAAGAGAACAAGGCAAGAGACUCCAGCCUUGUCUUUGAAAGGAGGGCACUCUGGGCUUGCUCUGUUUUCAUAAGCUUAAGGAGACAACACAGAUCUUCUCAGAAAAAUAUAAGCAAGCAGGUGAGUUUCCAGCCUUCCCCGAGGCGGAGAAGGGCUCUGGGCUGCCAAGGCGGCUUCGCUCAGCCGCCAGCCUCCUUGGGCUACUUAAGACUGUCUCCCAGCCCCUCCUCCUGCUUCUGCCCCGAGCCUGCCGGGAGGGCUCAACUUCCUGACAAGCCCGGCAGGGUCGGGAGGCUGAGGGUAGCCCCGGCUGCCCCGGAGCCCCUCGCUCUCCGCACAGGCGCUCAGUUUAGCAGGACUAAGUGCGGCUGGCACGGCGCAGGCGGCGACAACUUGCCCGGCUGGACUUUGGGGCUAGGAACUGGGGCAACAGAGUGUAGCCGCCCUCACCGAGGCCGGAGCGCAGCUGCCCACCACCCAGCGUGCCAGCAAUGGCUGGGAGCUUCUUCUCGCCCACGGGCGGCCCGCGCUCAGCCGACCCCGGGCCGGCCCUCCGCGGCGCGGCGGCGCGAUCGUCCCACGGGCGACCCCGAGGCUCGCGGGCCAACUCUCCCUAAUCAGUGCUUUCCAGAGCCGGCGCGCAGACCCAGCGGAGGGGCGCCGCGCUGGCUCCUCUGGACGGUCCCCCCCACCCGUCCUUCCUCGGCUGCGGAGCCGGGCGCGAGCUCCCAGCUCCGAGCACAGGGGGAGAAGAAAGUCACCGGCGCCCCCUCCUCCCCGCCCUCCUCCCCGCCGCCAGCCCUCUGCCCGGGGUUAAAAAAAAGGAGAAGUGAAAGGUAUGCAAACACCAAGCAAAUAGGAAAAGCCGGGAAGAAAGGCAAGCUAGAAUAAACAAGACAAAGGGAAAGGACUCCGGGGCAGGCCUGGGAGUUUCAACUCGGGAGAGAGGGGAAGGAAGAAGCCGGGAAGAUAGAAGAAGAAAAAAAAAUCUAGAAGGAGAACAACGAAAAGGGGCUCGUCCCUCUGGCGGCCCCCUUUCCUGAAAAGAGUGCAAGAAAAAUAAAUAAAUAAAUAAAUGAAAGAGCCUCCGCGCACCCUAGACACAGAACACAAAAGGUGACAAGAUCAGCGACAAGUCCAGCCGCGCCGGCCUCCCCCACCGCCUCCGCCACCCCGGCCGCCGGCAGGCGCGCGAGAGAAAUAAAAGCCAGGCAGCUCACUUACUGUUCCCGAGCGGGAGGCGCGGGGCGCGGAGUUCCACGGGGCUGCUGCUUAGAAAACUGUUCUGGGGGGCUGCUGGAGUACGGCGCCCGCAAGCAACAGCGUUUCCCCCUCGGCAAAGGAGUGUUUACACGGGCGUGAGUAACGGGAGCCUCCGCUCUCUCCUUCCCAUUCAAGAACGAGCCGGGGCGAGCGGUUCUGGAAAAGGGGAGGGGACAGCGACGGGGGAAGAUACUUACGCGGUGCGGGCAGCGGCAGGGCGCAGCCUCUCUCCCUCUCUCUCCCCCUCUCUCGCUCUCUCUCUCUGUUUCCCUCUCUCUUGAGGUCAGAGACAAGAAGCCCACCAGCGCACGCGGUGAUGUCUCCGUGGUAUUAAGUGGCCCGGGGCUCGGUGAGUCUGUGCGGGAGCGAGGGCGCCGGGGAGUGCGGCGGGGAGCGGGCAGGGCGGGCGGGGAGCGCGGGGCAGAGCCGGGCCGGGCCGGAGGGCAGCGCGGGGCGGAGGAGGCGCGGGCGGGCGGGCGCGGGGUGCGCCGCGCGGUUCCCGGCGCAGUGGCGGCCGCUCUCCCGGCGCUCGCUCAGCUGAGGUCCGCUCCACAACAAGAUUUACUUUAAGACACAGCUGAAGGAAACAGGAAGACUGCACGUCACAGUCCCACUGACGUACCCGGCCCCAGCACCCAAUCGCGAGGCGCCUUCGGAUUCAAGGGGGGACAGCGAGGCAGGAGAACUUGGGAGGAAAAAAAAAUACAUGUAUAUAAAAGGGGUGGGGGCGAGGGGCUGGGGAGGAGGAGGGGAGAGGGGCCCCGCGCUCCCCCGCCCGGCCUCCAGCCCCGGCCCCCACCCCGCCCCGCCGCGGCUUGGGGCGCCUGCACCGCCGCGCCCCGGCCGCCGCGAGCCAUCUGCGGGCGUUGUGCACCGCGGCGCCCGGCUCGCACUCGCUCUUCCAGGACGCAGGUCUCUCUGUCUCUCUCCUUUUUUUUUUUUUUUUUUCUUUUCAUUUCACUGAUGGAGAUGACCGAGUUCUCCCCAGACUGGGGCGGAGGGCUCGGAAAACUAUCCUCCCGGAGAAAAAGUGGUGGUUUUAGGAGGGGAGGCGGCACGAAGGAGGGAGUGUGUCGGGGUGGGGUGGGGGGGCGCAAAUCGUUCUGCUUUGGAAACGACCGUAGAUUGUAUCAGUAAGACCUGUCACCCUGGCGUCCCUUUAAAGGGGGUGAGCAAACGCAGGUAGGUUUAGGAUUUUUAAAAACUAGGUGCCAGAGAUUUCACACUGGGGCCCAUAAAUCUGAUAUUAAAAGCUCUGCCCGCACUGGCUGAGCCCGAGUCAAUCAGACCUGAGAAUUUACAGGCAGGCUGUCCAGCCCUGGUUGCCUUUAAGGAUAUUAUUUGAAUUGUAGGCAUAGUGAGCACAUACACCACAAACAUCCUUUCUCCGUCGGUCACCCUUCUCCAGUUCGCGCACCCCAAGAAGGCCAGAGAAAUUAGUCCCGUGUGGGAUUUUACACAAUUUCGAAGUCUGAGUGACAAACUAAAAGUUUAUUAGGCAAGACAGCGUGGACUCUAGCUUGAAUCCACGUAAAAUGCACAUUGGUUUGACAUCUCGGAUGGGAAAAAGCAGCGAGAUUUCUUCGGAUAACGUGGCUCCCAGAGAGGGCCUUGGCUUUCAGGGACAAAUGCGAGGAGAGCCUCGAGCCCAGCUGAACGUCUCUUCCCUGGGCGCAGUCAGCAACAGUGCUGGCUAAGGAGGCGUCGUGGGCGUAAACACCCUAUAAAACCCGUGCCUCGCCGGAGCCGAAGGGCGCUGGGGAGGUCCGGACCGAGUAGAUUAGACACUUUUUAAAAAGGUGAUGCGGGACACGCGUUUUCCCCAGCCCCUCCAAUUCAAUCGGAUCAAAGGUUGAGACGUGUUGUGACAGAGCAUUUAUGCGCUGUGAGUACGCUGACAGAGUCGCCACCGUCGCCUGCCACACGCAUACUCGUUUCCCAGGACGUUCACAAUUUCAGCCUCCGAUUCAUCAGAAAGGGAAAGGGCAUUAAUCCCCCGGGGAGUGGGAUGGCAGUCAGGGUGUGUGUCUCAGCUCUGUGCCAGGGAGAAACUUUUGGCAGGCACGGAAUUCAAACGUUGACAAGAAGAAGAAGGAGGAGAGAGAGAGAGAGAGAAUCAGGUCAGCCAGGUUGCGGUUGGGUGGGGUUGGGGAGAAGAGCCUCAUCUGAGCAUCCCCGGCCUCCUCUCCCCACUCCGGUUAGGAAAGAGCUCCGGUUAGGAAACAGCAUUGCCCAGCGUUUGCUGGGCACACUACUCACACCUCCAGCGAUGGACUCUCGUGGCAAGAGUUCUGAUCGGGGCUGGGGACUGAAAUAAUCUGCCCACGUGCCCGUCAGACGGGUAGAAUAUUGGUUGGGUACCUUUGAGGUGAACGGAUUGCUGGGGAGGGUGGAAUUGGGGGUUCUGAGAAUGGACCAAAGCUGCUUUCUUUCUCAUUUUUCGUCCCUUGAUUUUCUCCUGAAGAAUCUGUUUGCGCUUGUAAGUUAGGGUCAGUUUGAUGUCUAAAAGGGAGGGGAUAGGGAAGGGAAGGGGUUGAAGCGGGAGAAAAGAGGCAGGGUGGAGGGAGAGAGUCCUUUCUGCAAGCAGUUUGUGAGUUGCACCAGCGUCCGGGUGCACGUUUUGCGCACGCCACGGCGUGGGAUCUGGCGGCGGGAAAGUUUCCUGAGCAGCCUCACAUAAGUCCCCUAUCUGUCUCGCAGAGGGGCGAGGUAGGCCUGACUCGCGCGCUGUCCCCCGGUAACCGCGGGACAGCGCGCGUCGGGGGCUCGCGGCUCGCACACGCUCGUCUGCAGCAGUUCGGAGCCCGCAGCCGGGCAGGGGAGAUGCGCGUGGAAAGGCCGGCGUGCGGGCUGGGGGCGGGGGACCCGGGCUCGGAAAGCCGCGGCCCGGCCGGGUCGCGUCCCCCAGCUCUCCAGGCCACGCUCGAGCCGGGCUGCGGGCGCGCUGUCCAGCUCCGGUUCCGAACCGCGCUGACUCAGGCGCGAGGCCCAAGGCCGCUGUCCCCGGCCACGGGAGGUUCGUUUUCUGAUUAGGGAAGAGGCGAUCAGUCAGCGGGGAGACUUGGAGUCUGCGAGGUACCGCCUUCGUCUGCGAAGUCGGGGCCCAGCCUGGCUCCCCGCAAGCCCUCCCUAUGUCCACCCUGGCCAGCGCUGCCCUGGGGUUUGAAGUGAGCGCCAGUUCUGCUCCGCCCGGGCACAAGCCGCGCUGGUGCGGGCUGCGUUAGCGGCUUCACCUAAAGCGUGAUCGGCGCGCGGCUAGCGAAAGGCGGCCGUGCACCCGACUCCGGCCAAACGCACUUCGCCCUGGCUUUUCCCCGUCCCUUCCUCCCCCUGUUCUUUCUUAAAACCUGUAGGUGGGGACGAAGGGGCCCAGGCGGUGCUGGCGGGGCACUGGAAACCUUCCGAACAGCAGGCACCAGCGCCUGGAGCCGCUCCGGGGUUUUCAAGCGGACCCAGGGAGGACGCGAAGGUGGGCAUGGGUUCGUGGAGGGGUGCUGCGGACCCACCCGGGCACCAACCACCUGAGGAGGCAGGAGAGGGGGCCCUGCGGCGCCCCGCGGACCUGCCAGCUGCAGGUGGUCCAGAGGCGGCUGACGGCCUCUCGCUCUGCCCUCCUCCCCAGUGCCCGGCUCGAUGCCGAACCCACGCUGGGCCUGUUCUGAGCGGUGGGGGGAAAGUGAAAUGCCACCAGAUCAGUAGCAAGCGGCAGCUGCGGCGGCGGCGGGUCUCUCUUGGGAACCCCACGGCUCAGAAGCCUCCCAGUGAUGUUUGUUUAACCAACAGCUUUCAAAGUAAACACGGGCGAGCCACUCCAGAAAAGUUGGGAGCCUCGAGGACUGGCAGAAAAAAGUAAAAUAAUAAUAAUAUAUAUAUAUUAAAAAUAAUAAAGCUUUUCCCCACCAGAACAAAAAGAGCCCCCCCCCCUUUACCAUACAAUCACGGACCGUCACACACACGAAUGCUCUUAGGAAGGACUUAUUCACAGCAAGGGGUCCUCAAAGCCAAACCCAACCCCCCGGGGAUGAGGGGUGCUGGUGAUGGGGUGCGUGUGUCACACCGCAGCUUGAUGAGGGGAAGUGGACAGGAACGAACAAAGGGCCAGGGGAGGGCAGUCCCUGCCCUGGAGGGAUGAGGAGGAGGCUGGAGGACUCGCAGCCAGCCCUGGCUUCGCCUCAGGCUCCGAACUUUCCAAUAUCAAGAUAUUAACAGAUGGUGCGGAGCGCAGGGCGCAGGGAGGGCCGCGCCUUACGUAACCAGCCCAGCCGCGCUGGGCCUCGCUCGCCCUCCGCGGGGCCACGCUGCUCCCCCAGAGCGCCAGCUCACCGCACCUCCUCCCCGGCUGGGGCGAGGGCUCGGGGAGCUUGCGAUUUCGGUUUUAAAAAAAUUUACACACCGGUUGUCUUAUCUCCUUCACUCCUCGGCGGAGACGCUCAGAGAACCUGGGUCAGAGAUGAGCGAGGGACGCGUGCAGGGACAAAUGGGGUGCUCCUCCUCUAAUUUGGGGGUGUCACAGAGUAGGACACACACACACACACACACACACACACACACACACACACACGCUAGCUGCCGCCGCCACCACCGCGUGUAUCAGCGAAGUACAAAGGCAGGAUGGGGCAGCAGGGCGCGGGAGUGGGGUGGGGUGGGGACGCGAAGGUACGGGACUCCUUUGCACGUGGGGGUGCAGUGGGGAAAUCACACCAGGCCUCUGGGCACCCUUCCCGGCCCGGACAGGGUGGCGAGCGCUCUGUGUGACCUCCGGUUGUCUUCACUCCCAGGGCCACCAGAGGCCCAGUCUCUCUGUCCCUGUGUCCCACGUCCUGUGUGGCGCGGUUCGUGCGUGUGUUCGCGGAGCCCCUCGGUGCUGGCUUUCUGAACCCCGCGAGGAACAUUCCCGCGCGUGCUGGAAGAGCUGCGGGGAGGGCUGGGAGGCUGGGAGUGUGCCCGCCGGGUGCUGGGCACACUCUCCGGUGCCCCCGUCCUCACGGCUGGGCUGGCCUGGCCUUCUCCGUAGAUCCCGGGCUAGGCGUCGCGGCCUCCAGGCCCGGCAGGAGCUGACCUCCAGAUACCGCGGCCACCUGCCCGGGUCCUGCGGCCCUCGUCUCCAUCCCUGGUGCCGCAAGCGGCCGCUCAGCCCUGCUUGGCCGCUCAGCCCCGCUCGCCCGCCCAGCCCCGCUCGCCUGCCCGUACACCUUACGGGCAGCGGCAGGAGACGUGGGCCAUCGCCAGGCCCGCGCUGUCCCCGCCACGUCCCCUCCCCCGCCUCGCGCCUGUUGCUGCUGCGGAGGUGGCGCGCCACAGCCCGUGCACGCACUGGUGCCCAGGACAAGACGGGAGAAGGUGCAGGGACAGCGGGGGAAGGGCGGGAUGUGGCUUGUUGCUCUCCCCCUUGGCCUUGCCCAGCUCUGCCCACAGGGCCAGGACUGUUUCACUGGCUCCUUCCCUUUGGUCUUUGACUCAAGGGCGAGAAUUCAGGGGAGUUUCUGCAUUCUCUGGAUUUGGGUGAUAGGACUUGAGUUACUGGAUACAACAGACCCAGUAUCAGAGCUUUGCCUGAGGACCAGCUCUAGAGACAGUCUGAGGCCAGAACACCAGGACAGAGAGAACCCGGCAAAGUUGCAUUUUGUUUAAAUUAGAGCACAACCAAGCUGAAUGCCAGAUUUCUAUAAUUUUUUUUCCUGGUAAUAUUUCUUUUAUGAAGUAUCUAAGUAUCUGUUUGUCAUCAUUUUGAGAUCAAAAGGCAAGCCCAUAUGCUACAUAGUUUUCCAAAAUUGCUGUUUAAAUAUGUUUGAAAUGUUCUAUCCGAUGUGGAGGAAGAGGCUGCGAAAAGCAAGUGGGGUGGCAUGGCUUGGGACAUAGACUGAUGUGGGGCAUUGAGUAGGGCAGAAUCCGCAGACCUGCCAAUCCUCAGAGUUACCGGGAUGCUUAAGAAAGCAUCCCACCUGAGGCAGGAGAUCCGAGAGGGCCCGGGGAUCUGAGGGUCACCACAGGUCAUGGUGUGCCUGCCUGUGCCUCAGUUCUCUCUAUCUGUAAAAUGGGAACAAUACUCCAAAGACUUGCGGAGAAGCUUUGACACAAGGCUCUUUAAGGUGUGGUUGGUACUUGGCCAUUUUAGACCGACUGAGCAGCAGUACCUGGAUUGUUUACGAAAUGCUCACCCCUGAGGCAUCCCUCCCCUCCCAAGCUUUGGGCUUAGCUAGCUGAACAUGAAAGCACUGUGAGUCUAGCUCCUGAAUGGGAUCUGAGCCCUUCCUGCGCCCUGUGCCCCCCUCACCCUCAUCAUUUCAGCCUACAGAAUGAAUUCAGAUCAGUGCAUCUCGGCAAACUUUGCUGGGUGCCCCUGGCAGACAAGCCUGCUUUAUCAAGCCCAAGCCCACAGAAAAGCAGGGCCCACUUCCCACCACGGCAUUUGCGUUUGGCCUCUUUCCCCUUCCUUACUGCAUAGGUGACAAACCUUUUCUAUAGAAGUCAAUAUGUCAGGCCUAUGAAAACACAGGACAGAAAGAAAAAAAAAUUCUACAAGCAGGAAAAAUAAGGUCAACAUUUCUGGGCAAAAUGAAAACAGACGUAUGUCAGAUGUCAUAUGUUUUCAUGUUUGAAUAAAUAGCUCUUCUGAGUACAUGUA